UUAAAAUUUGUAUUCUGCCCAGCCUGGUUCUAAUUCUUCACGCCCACGGAAUCUUAUAAACCUAUCAACCAAUCCAUUGCACAGUCCUUAUCUCUUGCAGGUCGUUAGAACGUGUGGUGACAUCGGGUUUGAUUAUGUCAAAUUUCUUUUACUGAUUAGCAGAGCGCCAACAAGGACCAAGUCCAUGGAUAAAGAGCCCUCUCUAUCCACCAUUCCUCACCUAUGAAUUUGCUAUUCUCCUCUCUUUUGCUUUUGUUUCUUACCUCCCAACAAUGGCCAACGCGUCGCUUGCCGCUCCGAUUCUUAUGAUUCUCACUAUAUCAGCCAUCUUUUUAGGAAAAGUUGAAGCAGAAGAUUCAAGAAUGACAUACAUUGUUCACAUGAUGAAGUCGAUGAAGCCUCAUCACUUUAACUUACACCAGCACUGGUAUUCUUCGAUGCUGAACCAUGUCUCAACAUCUGAUACUGGAAGUGACAUGUUAUAUACAUAUGAUACACUCUUGCACGGCUUUGCUGCUAGGAUGAGUAAAGAAGAGGCUGAAGCCAUGCAGAAUAUGGAUGGCUGCUUGGGCGUAAUCUUCUCUUCUCUCAAUCAAAUCGCCACAACGAGAACGCCUGAGUUCUUGGGGCUCACUUCUUCUUCUUCUUCGUCAGGAGUAUGGUCCAAAUAUUCGACUUAUGCUGAGGACAUUAUCAUAGGGGUGAUCGACACUGGAAUAUGGCCUGAAAGCCAAAGCUUCAAUGAUCAAGGCCUUGAACCCAUUCCUUCAAGAUGGAAGGGUGCAUGUGAAAACGGGCAGCGGUUCAAUUUUUCGCACUGUAAUAAGAAGAUCAUUGGAGCUCGAUAUUUUUUGAAAGGCUACGAACAGACAGAAUUUGUCAUCAACGAAACAUUGGAGUAUAAAUCUCCACGAGACAACAAUGGGCAUGGCACACAUACAGCUUCUACCAUUGCUGGGGCUGCAGUGUCUGCGACCAGUUUCUUGGGUUUCGCCAACGGAACUGCCAGAGGGAUGGCCCCACGGGCCAGGCUGGCAAUCUACAAAGUUUGUUGGGCGAAUGGCUGCGAUGAUGCAGACGUAGCUGCUGCCAUGGAACAAGCCAUUGCAGAUGGCGUGGACAUCAUUUCUUUGUCAAUUAGCUCGGAAGACCAGCCAUUUUACAAGGAUGCCAAAGCCAUCGCAGAAUUUGGGGCAAUCGAGAAGGGUGUUUUUGUUUCUGCGUCGGCAGGGAAUGAGGGACCUCGUUCAUAUUCUGUCGGUAAUCCAGCCCCCUGGAUUACUACCGUGGGUGCAAGCACCAUCGACAGAGAUUUCCCUGCUUCUCUAGUCUUGGGCAACCAAGACAAACAAAGGGGAACUUCUACGUACAGGGGUAGAUAUAAAAUUCAAGAGAGACCUCUUUCUCUGGUCUAUUCAUCUACCAACAGUAGUUCAAGUCGUUGCCUCGCCGGCAGCCUUGACCGAAAUAUAGUGGAGGGUAAAAUCGUGGUGUGUGAUCAAGAGGACUCUAGAAUCCCUGAUAAAGGCAACGAAGUGGCAAGAGCAGGGGGUGCAGGAAUGAUUGUAUCGAAUGGAGUGAGUUUUGGUGAACUGCAGCUCAUUACCAAUACUAACAAUCUACCGGCUAUCAAUGUGGGUUUUAGAGCUGGAGAAAAAAUCAAGGCCUAUAUCAACAACACGGGGAUUAAUGCUACUGCUACCUUGAGCCUCCCAGGAUUGACUGUAGUGGGAAAGACCGUGGCUGCUCCCAUUGUGGCGGGCUUUUCAUCCAGAGGACCGACUGUAGCAUACCCACAGAUUCUGAAGCCAGAUAUGAUUUCUCCCGGUGUGAACAUAUUGGCAGCAUAUGCGGAAGAGCGAGAAGAAGCCUUGCCCUACAUGUUUCUAUCAGGGACAUCCAUGGCCUGUCCUCAUGUCAGUGGCAUUGCAGCACUCAUUAAAGCUGUUCAUCCUACGUGGAGUCCAGCCGCCCUUAAGUCAGCUCUCAUGACUUCUUCUUCCAUUGUUGACAAUACAGAGCAGGCCAUCAGGGAUUCAUCGACCAUGGAAGCAGCCGACCCAUUUGCCAUUGGUGCCGGUCAGGUGAACCCAACAGGUGCAGUAAAUCCCGGGCUUGUUUAUGAUCUGGAACCUCAGGACUACGUCAACUUUCUCUGCACCCUCAAUUACACCUCUCAUCAGAUAGCCCUUCUCACCAAGAAAUCAGUUUCCUGUCCGAGUCCCAGUUUGGAAGUCGGAGAUCUCAACUACCCAUCGUUCUCUGUGCUGUUCAACUCUAGCAAGGAAUUGAUUCAGGUGAAGAGAAGAACAGUGACGAAUGUGGGUGCACAAGCUCAUGCGGUGUAUCGAGCUAGCGUGAAUAGCCCUCCCGGAGUAAAAAUAACCGUGCAACCAGAGACGUUGGAGUUCAGAAAACUAGAGGAUAAAGCAAGCUAUAGUGUAAUAUUUGAAACCAACAUAACAUCUCCAUCUGCCUCUCAUCAUUUUGGAGAGAUAAGAUGGACAUGCAUAGAGGGAGGAACACACGUUGUUCGUAGUCAAGUUGUUCUGCAAUGGCAAUCUGCAGUUUAAUCUACUUUGACAUUGAUGCAUUGUUUAUGGCACUCCCAACUUGACAUUGCAUUGCAGUCAUUACAGCUGCUUCAUUUGUGUAUUCCAAUUAAUAAUCAGGCAAGGAAUUUGGAAUGCUUUCCUUCUCAAAGAAAUCUUAUUACAUUUAACCUUUUUUUAAUAAUU